AUGAGCAGUGAGGAAGACAUCAGCGGAUCUGAUACAUCUGAACUAGAGGACCUAGAGGAAAUUUUAAAACUUAAGAAGCGGAUCAUGAAGAUUAAGAGGAAGAGGUCACGGUCGAUCAAUAGAGCAUCUGGCAAGCAAGAUAAAAUUGUAUUAAUGUCAAAUAAGGAGAGAAAUAGUAGUAGGAAAAGGAGUAGAGAACAGAGGGGGAGCAAACCAAGAAAUCGCCCAGCAUCAAGAUCCGGCUCAAACGAUACCAUAACUUCCUUUAACCCAAUUCUCGGGUUCAGCGAAAGUGAACCUAAGCGAAAGCGACUCAGAGAUGAGUACUCUGAGUAUGUCCGCAAUCAAAUAAAAGAGAACGAGAAAAGCAAAUCUAGAUCUAGAAAGCAUGUCCGAAUUGAUGAAAGCAAUCAUGAUAUAAUUUCUUUGUCAAAUCUGAAGAAUGAUUACGCUCAUAAGCAAAGAUACAAGCACAGUUAUUUUAAGUACAGAGAUGAUCACUCUAGUAGCUCUCGUUUUAGAAACCCAGAGGAGAGUUUUUCAAUGAUAAAAGUAGAAGAUCCUGUUCAUCAAGAGAAGUACAAAGAUGAUAAUGAAAGUCUCAAUAGAAGAGAGGACUCUCCAACCGGCACACUCAUCUCCAUUCUGCCUCACGAGCAUGAGUCUCCUCUCCAAAAGGAGAGUAAGAAGAAGGCUCUUGCUUCAGAGUUGAAAGCACAGAUUGAACUGAAGAAAGAAAUCAAGAGAAAAGAAAAAGAAGCCAAGAAGAAUUUGGAUUAUCAAUAUCUGUAUGAAUACAUUCAAUCAAAUCCCUUUGGCAAGAUGGGUGCUGGAGCACCUCUCAGAGACCAUAAAGGGCACAUUGUGGCUCAUAGACUAAAGAUCAUGGAUGAUGCAGCUGCAAAAUCUUUUCACCAAUCAUUUUACAACCAAAAGUUUGAUGAUGAUGCUUCCAACGCAGAUGAUGUUAGUGAGAGGAAGUCAAAGAUACAGAACCUUAACGAGACUGAGAUCGGCCUGCAAUUCCUCUCAUGGAACAACCAAGAGAAGAAACGCAAGGAGAUGCUACAGGAAGAAUGGAAACAUGAGCUAGAUGAGCAGGCAAACCUGCUCAAAUAAACGCAAAGAGGAGGACAAGAAGAAAAAACUAAUCCAUGACCUCAAGCUUGAGGAGAAAAUCAAAAAGGAUCUCAGGGAGCUGAGCGAGGAAUUUGAGAGGGACACAGGCAAUAAGAGCAACAAGUAUAAUAACUAUAGCGUGGGAAAGGAAACCUCUAUCAAUUAUGUUGUCCCAAAGAGAAGAAAACAUAAUAAGACUUCAGAGUACUUUAAGUCAAGAAUCUCAUCCAAGGAUGAUAGUAAUGAUAGAAUGAAUGACUUCAAAGGCCUGGAGGAUGAGGAUGAUAACGAUGUCAGAAGCCGUAUCGACCAAGGAUAUAACAAUGAUGUUAAUAUUAGAAAUCUAAAGGAAGACUUGAGGAGAAGAGAAGGGGCAGUUGAUCAAAGAAUUCAUUCAAUGAAAGAAAAUUAUAUUAUUCAGAAAGCAGAGUUUAAAAGCACUCUCGAUAGUUUACUCAAACUGCAGAAAGAUAUGGAGCAAAAGAAUCAGGAUAGGAGGACUUCUAAUAAUGAUUUCUAUACAACACUAGCUAAUGAGAAUAGGUCUCUCUUGAACAACCUAAGAAGUGGUACAAGAGGGAAUUUUAGAGGUGACUAUAGCUUUAGUCAAUCUUUACCUCCAUACCCAGGGAGUUCUUACAAAACUCCCUAUGAACAAAGAUUUGGGAUCCAGCAGAACAUAAGAGAAACUCCAAAUAUUCAUCAUGAAAGUGUCUUCGUUAAUCCUGAAGGUCGUCAGAAUCGGCAAGAAUCCACUAACGAAGUGCUGGAUGACUUACUUAAUUCCUAUGGUGGACAGAAUAAUGGAAAUUUCUCAUUACCGAUUCCAAAGAGUAGUUUGAGACAUCAGACAAAUGAUUCGCAAAUGGAUCAGUCUUACAACGAGGAUUUGUUCAAUAUGGAUGAAAGCCAAGUAGUGGAUGGGAACCCAGAAGACAGUCUUAACCAACUAGUCAACGAAGUGGAGGAGUCCAACAAGAAUCUACAAGAGGUCGCUUAAGUUUUCAAUAAAGCAAUCAAUGAUA